AUGGCGAAGGUCUCCAGUGUGUUGCUGUCAGACCGUUGGUCUAGCACGGCUGAGGGGCACAAGAACCAGUUUCUGCUGGCCCAUUUCACCUGGGUUAUGGUGUUGAGCCCUUUGGGUUGUGCCAAUAACGCCUACCCCUGCAGACUCCUCUCACUGAGUGGAUUGUCUUAUGAGAACAUUGAUCAAGAUGGACUAAAAACAACAGCUCUGGAAAUGUUUUCACUUGCAUUAUCCCAGAAUUGUAGGCAUGAAAUAUUUCCAAUUAUAACUACUUUCAUUCUCCUUGGGCAAAGUAUUCAAAAGAUUUCAGACCUAGGGUACUGCCUGUUCCUCAAAGAGCUAUGAGAUGCUGAAUGCUGUGUAGUAGAAAAAAUGAAUGGUCCACAAAAAUGUGUAAAUUCACAAAAGCUUUCUUUUUAUUGCAAUGAAAUUUCCAGGGUGGAAAAUUUGGAAGAUCUAACAAAGCUGAAUCUAUUUUUGUUGAAUAAUAACCUCAUCAAGAAUACAGAGGGCUUACAUACUUGGCAAAAUUUGCAAGUUGUCAACCUCUCUGGGAACUUAGUAGAAAAUACAGGAAGGCAGAGGUCUUUUUAUCAGCUGGAAUGUGAAUUGGCCAAGCUGCAAACACUGGGUAAAACAUCAAGUAAUAGAUCUCUAAGGAGUAAGAAUCUGGAAACCGAAAAUUCAGUUCAUGAUAAUGAAGGUACAGAAAAGACAUGUCUUGAAAAGGCAUUCUCACAAAAAAUAAAUGCACUGAAAAAAAGAAUAACAUUCAAGGACAAAAAACUGAAUAAAAUUUUAAAAGAUUUCCAAGUAGAAAUGAAGAAAAGUUUGAAUUUAGUAGUACAAUUCUUGUUGAUGCAAUUGGAAAUAGAUUUAUUCAAUCACAACUCUGGACCUAGGAACUUCAGAGCAUGCAGUUUCAGGGGAAUGAAAAUAAAUUUCAUCUUUAGAGCACACAAUCAGAGGCUGAAAUCUAAGAAGUUUCAAGUAUUUCUUACUCAUCAGUGCCCCCCACUAGUUUGUGGGGGCUGUUGCAAGACUAAUUUGGAAGUUGCCAUAGUAACAGCUGCAGCAUCUGAAAAAACCACUUUUCUCCUCUGUAACAGUCUAAGUGAAUGUCCCAGAACAGAGUUUCUGAAACAAUAAACUGAGGCAGAAGGCAAAACCGGCAGUGAUCCUGAGAAGUCACUCAAGCAUGAUGGCCAUGAGGUGGCAUGUGCAGCCUUGGAAGGAGCUCUGAAACUGCUGAAAUCUGUCCCAGUGGCGUUUCUGUGUAUUAGGAAGUGCCGCAGAGAGCCUCAGCUGCUGGGAUUCAAAGAUCAGUGUCUGUUUUCUAUGUGCAAAAUAAUUGUGGAAGAGAAAAAAAGAAGCCCAGAAAGAUUUAUUCUGUCUCAUGAUUUGCAGCGUGAUGAUGAAGUUUUGAACAUGGAAAUGACAGUAAAGGUCAGUCCUUAGGUUGCUUUCUUGAAUGAAAAAGAGAACAACAUUUGUGAGAUGAAUUUCAAUGGGAACAGCCUGAGCACGCUAUAGGGCAUCUCUAGAUUAAAAACCCUUCAAAAAAUUAUCACCAGCUUUAAUGAGUUUACUUCCUUUAAUAAUAUUCAUGACCUGAUGAGAAAUUAACCCAACCACAAAUAAUUUGAUGUGAGCCAUAACCACAUGAUGACUUUUGAGGGCAUCAGAGACUUCAGCAAACUGCAGUUCUUCAACCUGAGCUGGAACAAGCUGAAAAAUUCAAAGGGUGAUAUAAUAUUUCUAAAUAAUAAUAAUAUCGCUAACUUAAAUCUGGAUGACCAACUCUUCAGAAGUUCCAACUUUGAAAAAAUGGAGCAUUUAAGAUAAGCCUCAUUUAGCAACAGCAAUCGCUCACAAACAGAAGGAAUAGAAUCCAGUCUUGACCUCACUUUAGAUGAGAACUACAUCUCAACACUAGAUGGAACUUCAAGCUCAACCAAGAUUACACCACAUAGUGCAAAUAGUAACUGUCUUGUCAGCCUUAAAAGCGUGUUUGAAAAUCUGCCUUACUCUUAUCACACAUUCACUGAGAACAAUAUAAUCACAUCUUUAGCUUGUUUAAAUAAAACUGACUGUCUAGUAGAGCUAUACACAAAUAGUAACUGUAUGUCAAAAAAGAUUCAUCACUUAAAGGGUUCAACUAAUCUUAUGAUUUGGGACAUAAGCAGAAAUUGAAUAGCCUGAACACAAGAUCACUAGCAACUAUUUGUAUUAUUCCAUCAUCCCUCUCUCAAAGCCCUAGAUGCCACUGCAGUAAUUUUCAUCAGGGUGCUUCUUUUGUACCCCAUUUCUUACCCAAAAUCCAGCUCAUGCUCUGUAUCUAAUUUCUACCAGUUUUCCAUGUUAUUUAUAUUCUCAAUCCUUCUGGUGCUAACGGACCAGUUUAGAAAUGCGUGCAGUGUAAAUUUACAGAACAAUAAUCUCAUGUCUUUCAGUGGUUAAAUCUUCAUUCCUAAUGCCAAGGUGGCGUGUCUGAACUACACUCACAUUGAACCAAUACUGCCUGGAUAAAAAUCUCCCAAAUCAGGUAACAAAGAGCAGCUGUACUGAAAGGUGGCCUCUCAUGGAUAUGGACAGCAAGCACUUGCAAAAGGGAGACUUCAAAGUCUCCAGUUUCUGCAGUUGGUAUUGGACCAUAACUGAAUUAAAACAAUUUCAUAAGGUUUACUUCAUAGACAGAAUGUUCUGCUGACUCAUCAUCUGGAGCAAAACCAAAUAUGAGAACCAAACAGUUUACAAGCUUUGGUAUAAUUAGAGAAAUCUUUUCUGGACUUCCAACAGAACUCAAAAACACACAGACUGGCAUCAACUCCCUUAAAUCAGUUGCUACAAGAAGUGGCAGUCAUAAAUUUUUCAGUUGCAAACUCUCCAGAGGACUCUGGAUUUCCGGCACCGAGAGCAAACUUUACAAGGCAUAAUCAUUUCAGAAUAACAAAUGGGAAUCUGAAUGAAAACAGUAAGCAUUUAUUUGGCUCUGAUCUUGUAUUUGGUCAUGAACUUGAAUCUAAAAAUCCAGGAAUUACAACAAGUAAACUUUGAAGCAUCCAUGCAGAAAGAGCUCUGAGGCAAGCCAAAGGAGCAGCAACUAAUCUCCUAAACCAUUUGGUGCAUCUUAGGGCUACUUCUUGA